UACGAAGAAACUGUCAAAGCAUUUGACCGCAUCCCGCAGUCUUCAUAAAACAGGAGGUUUAGUGAAAUUUUUUUGAGAGUUAAAUUGUACAAGAAGUGUAUCACGGAAACAGUAAUUUGUUUUCGGUUCUGAUUACCACUUGAAUAGAAGUAGUAUUUUUCUUUUGGAUAUACCAACAUUUCUGAUGCAAUAAAGUUUGUCAUGAUCCGCGCAACUACUAAAUUGGCUCGAUUACCGUUCCGAGGGAUUAGUGGUGCUGGCCUAACCGGGUUAAAUUCAACGGGUCUGUUAGAAAGAAGAUUCGAUGAACGACUACUUCAAGCAACUCAAGUUCGAUACAAAUCCACGCCUAUUAAUACCAUAAUUAUGUUCGUUCCUCAACAGGAAGCAUGGAUAGUAGAAAGAAUGGGAAAGUUUCAUCGUAUACUGGAACCUGGAUUGAACGUUUUACUGCCUAUUGUCGAUCGAGUGAAAUACGUACAAAGUCUUAAGGAAAUUGCUAUCGACGUACCGAAACAAUCAGCAAUUACAUCGGACAAUGUUACGCUGAGCAUAGAUGGCGUUCUGUACUUAAGAAUUCUCAAUCCCUACCAUGCUUCAUACGGUGUGGAGGAUCCAGAGUUUGCGAUUACCCAGCUGGCGCAGACCACGAUGAGGUCUGAGCUAGGAAAAAUGUCUCUAGACAAAAUAUUCCGUGAACGAGAAUCGCUAAAUAUUAGCAUCGUUGAUUCCAUCAACAAAGCAUCCGAAGCGUGGGGUAUUUCAUGCCUUCGAUACGAAAUCCGUGACAUAAAAUUGCCCAGUCGCGUUCAUGAAGCGAUGCAAAUGCAAGUUGAAGCCGAACGUAGGAAACGAGCAGCGAUCCUAGAAUCGGAAGGUGUUCGAGCAGCCGAAAUCAAUGUGGCAGAAGGUAAACGACAAUCUCGAAUUCUCGCGUCAGAAGCUCAGAAACAAGAGGAAAUAAAUCGAGCGAACGGUGAAGCCGCAGCACUACUAGCAGUAGCAAGUGCUCGCGCCAAAGGACUAACGAUGGUAGCAGACUCGCUAACAUCUAGGCAAGGCCGAGAUGCAGCCUCACUAGCCGUUGCAGAAAAAUAUGUUAAUGCAUUUGAAAAUCUAGCGAAAAAGAACAACACGUUAAUUGUUCCAUCUAAUGCCUCGGACGUCACAACCAUGGUUGCCCAGGCAAUGCAGAUCUAUAACAGUCUUUCGGUAAGCGGAGCGGUGGUACAAAAUGAAAUCCCAGUCGCCAGUUCAUCGACGGAGUCGAUCCGUAGCGAAACAAUCAAAACUCCAGAGUGAUUUGUAGUUAUGGUACUGUGAAUUUUUCUUUAAUAUAAGCACAGAAGUAACAGGUGUAGAAAAAUGUACUACAAAUUACUUUAGAGAUCCUGAAUUUAAAGAGAGAAUAUGGCUACAAUGUGGUCGAAUGGACAUUGUCACAACCCGAACAUUGUUAAUAAUACCUCGAAAAGUUGACAGUAAAAGUAAA